AUGUCCCCAAUGGGUGGCCACUCUUUACGAAAAACGUAUGACCUGCGAAGAGCAUCAACUCACGCGCCUGAUGAGCGCGUGAGGCGCUACGUGCAGCACAAUAAUCUCGUAAAGCAUGUCGAUUGUCGACUGCGGUUGAAAUUUCCGAGCGUCAACUCCCGCGUCGAGAACGCGAGAGGCGCUACCUCGCAACGUGUUGUUUGGCAGACUCGCAGCGGCGUAAGAGCGUCAACUCCCACGUCAGACGCGAGAGGCGCUACCUUGCUGUGCGACUCCGCGGCUGAAAACUCGGGUUCAUGCAAGGAAUGUGGCAAAGAGCUUCGACUCUCGAGUCACAAUCGUCGUGAAAGGCGCUACUUUGCAGCACAGCAUCCUGACAGAAUCAGCAUAAGUCUGGAAGUGGAGCUAGCAUCGGGACAUUCUCGAGGCAUAACAGCCUCAACUCUCGCGUCCAUGACGCGAGAGGCGCUACCACGCCAGGCUGUCUUGUCGCGGCAGGUGAAGAUCAAUUUGGUGAAAGUGCACAUGAGAGCGCUUGGGCACACACCUAUCCGUGCUGACCGGCUUGAAGAGGCUCUGGUGGGGAAUGUUGUGCACGGUACAAUUGAAGACGGGACGAGUGAACAUUUACCUGUCUUGGUGGCAGACUCGACGUCGAAGAGGAGAAAGUGA